UUACACCUCCCUCCAUUAAAUGCAAUUGCACCCUCUCAAUACGCUCUGUAAUAACUCCUUGCUGCCACAGUCUUCUCCAUCUGUUCCCUCUUUCCUUCUUCCUCUUCUCUUCUUCCUUCUAUUUUUUUUCUCUUAAUUUUGUUUUCUCUCUUGAAUUUUUUUCUGUCUUCAUCUCUCCGAGCUUCGCACCUACUUCUCCAUAAAAAGCUUAUCAAAUACCAAAACAGGCCAAGGGUCAGAAAACCAGUUGCUGCGAAAUCCCGGAGUGGUUUUCCGGCAACAAAAAAGGGUAACCAAAACCAGAUCUAAGACCCCAUUUUUGGAUGGGGAUUAUCACGAGCUUUUAUGGAAGGUAUGAGAUAAAGGCAAGAAAAGUUUGGUUUUGAGUCAAGCAAAGAAGGAAUAGUUGGAUUCUCCGUGAUCUUCGUCGUGUAUGCGUUACAUAUAUCUUUAUAUAUAUACUAGCUCGUGAAUUGGCACGUUAUAAGGAGAAACCAGAUCAGCUUUGGAUUCAAAAGUGACGAAGAUAGAGGACUCUUUUCAACGGCUGGGAAAAAGAAAAACCAGAGUCAGCUCAAUCUUUGUCUGUUUCUACUUGUAAUAAUUCUAUUUGGUAUGCACUCACUACCAACUGGGAUUCCGACAUAACGCCACUGUUUUCUUCUUUCUAUAUACUACAUACAGCUCCACCUAUAAAUCUCAAAACCGCUUCUUAUAUAUAUAAGUGGGAAAAAACCGAGGUUGAGGAGGGGCUGGGUAGAUAUACAUAUACAGGGAAGUGUUGUAUCGGUUCUGGGUUUCCGAGAUAUGCCUGCCGGUUUUAUGGUUCCGGCGAGAAACAUGCCUUCGAUGAUCGGUAUGGGCGGAAAUAACAUUGGUGGGUUUGCAUCGUCCUCUUCGGGACUCUCUCUUGGUCAGCCAAACAUGAUGGAAGGGCAGCUCAUCCCUCUGGAGAUGACUCAGACCUCCGAAAGCGAUCAGAUUGCUCGAAUGAGAGAUGAAGAGUUGGACAGCACGACAAAGUCCGGUAGCGAGAACCUUGAAGGUGCCUCCGGAGACGACGGCCAAGACCCACGUCCCAAGAAGAAGCGUUACCAUCGCCACACUCAGCACCAGAUCCAGGAAAUGGAAGCUUUCUUCAAGGAGUGUCCCCACCCAGAUGACAAGCAGAGGAAGGAACUGAGCCGAGAAUUAGGGUUGGAGCCUCUGCAAGUCAAAUUCUGGUUCCAGAACAAGCGAACCCAGAUGAAGACCCAGCAUGAGCGGCAAGAGAACACUCAGCUGCGUUCCGAGAACGAGAAGCUUCGUGCUGACAACAUGCGAUACAGAGACGCUCUCAGUAACGCUUCUUGUCCCAAUUGCGGCGGCCCGACGGCCAUUGGCGAGAUGUCGUUUGACGAACAUCACCUCAGGCUCGAGAACGCCCGGCUAAGAGAAGAGAUCGAUCGCAUCUCAGCCAUUGCUGCUAAGUACGUAGGAAAGCCUGUGAUGAACUACCCGCUUCUUUCCUCUCCUGCUCCUUCCCGUCCCCUUGAUCUCGCUGUUGGAAACUUUGGCGGGCAGCAAGCCGGUAUUGGAGGAGAGAUGUAUGGUGCCGGUGACCUUAUGAGAUCCUUUGCUCCCCCUGCUGAGGCUGAUAAACCUAUGAUCAUUGAGCUCGCGGUGGCGGCAAUGGAGGAGCUUAUCAGAAUGGCCCAGAUGGGUGAGCCCUUGUGGAUGAUAGCCCUUGAUGGCGCGACAAGUGUGCUUAAUGAAGAGGAAUACAUGAGGACAUUCCCUCGUGGGAUUGGACUAAAACCUGCUGGGUACAAAUGUGAAGCGUCACGAGAGACUUCUGUGGUGAUAAUGAAUCACAUCAAUCUCGUUGAGAUUCUCAUGGAUGUGAAUCAAUGGUCGACCGUGUUUUCCGGCAUUGUUUCUCGAGCUAUGACCUUGGAAGUCCUUUCGACAGGUGUAGCAGGGAACUACAAUGGCGCCCUCCAAGUGAUGACAGUUGAAUUUCAAGUGCCUACUCCACUUGUGCCAACUCGUGAGAGCUAUUACGUAAGGUACUGUAAACAACAUGGUGAAGGGAUGUGGGCUGUGGUUGAUGUUUCCUUGGACAGUCUGCGACCUGCUCCCACUGCUAGGUGUAGAAGAAGGCCCUCUGGAUGUUUGAUUCAAGAAAUGCCUAAUGGGUACUCUAAGGUUAUCUGGGUUGAGCAUGUUGAAGUGGAUGAUCGAGGUGUUCAUAAUCUUUACAAGAACCUGGUUAACUCCGGCCACGCUUUCGGGGCAAAACGUUGGGUUGCUACCUUGGAGCGACAAUGUGAAAGGCUAGCCAGUGUGAUGGCAACAAAUGUUCCCACAGCUGAUCUUGGCGUAAUUUCAAAUCAAGAAGGGAGAAAGAGUAUGCUGAAACUGGCAGAAAGAAUGGUGAAUAGUUUUUGCGCGGGAGUGAGUGCUUCGACUGCCCACACAUGGACGACUUUAUCUGGGACUGGAGCUGAUGACGUCAGAGUUAUGACUAGAAAGAGUGUGGAUGACCCUGGAAGACCUCCUGGUAUUGUACUCAGUGCUGCAACUUCUUUCUGGCUUCCUGUUCACCCAAAAGUGGUUUUUGAUUUCCUCCGUGAUGACAACUCCCGAAAUGAGUGGGAUAUUCUUUCAAAUGGUGGAGUUGUCAGUGAAAUGGCUCACAUUGCUAAUGGCAGGGAUACUGGCAAUUCCGUCUCUCUUCUUCGAGUCAAUAGUGUUAAUUCAAGCCAAAGCAACAUGCUGAUAUUACAAGAGAGUGGCACUGAUGCAACUGGUUCAUUUGUAGUAUAUGCACCUGUCGACAUUGUUGCAAUGAAUGUCGUGCUUAACGGCGGAGAUCCCGACUAUGUUGCCCUUCUUCCAUCUGGGUUUGCCAUACUUCCCGACGGCGCCGGCGUUAACCAAGGCGGCUCCGGUGGCUCUCUUCUCACCGUUGCUUUUCAGAUUCUUGUUGACUCUGUCCCUACCGCAAAACUCUCUCUUGGCUCAGUCGCUACAGUUAACAAUUUGAUUGCUUGCACCGUUGAGAGGAUCAAAGCCGCCUUAUCAUGCGACGCCGCAUGAUAUGAUCGUUUCAUAUACUCAUUGACAGAUCGAAGAAGGGAAAAAUGGAUUGGGAAACAAAGUAAAGAAGAGUUUUGGGGGGAGAUCGUAUAGAAAAAUUAUGGGGAGAAGUCAAGAGCGCACCUUAAAUAAUCUUCUUAUCAAGCUUUUCUAUGAGGAUUAUAGCUAGGUUCGGGUAUUGACUUUCCCCGAGGAAAAA